AUGACUACUUCAGCGGGCGACAACCGUCUAUGGAAUGACUACUUCAGUGAAGAUCCGACAUUUCCGCCUCAUUUAUUCAGACGCCGUUUCCGUAUGUACAAGGAAGUAUUCAUGCGUAUUGUCGACACCCUCUCAGCAAAUGUUCCAUUCUUUCAACAAAGAAGAGAUGCAGUCGGAAGGUUAGGUCUAUCAACAUUACAAAAGUGUACGGCAGCUAUUCGUAUGCUUGCGUACGGCUCUGCGGCUGGCGCCGGUGACGAAUAUCUCCGACUUGGUGAAAGCACAUCACUUUCAUGUUUAACCAAUUUCACAGAAGGCAUAAUACAGUUGUUUGGAGAUGAGUAUCUACGAAGACCCACUCCAGAGGAUCUUCAAUGA